UCAAGCUUCAUCGUUCAGUGAUUGUUCCGCGAUUUAUCUGCGGAGUGUUUAAGCCCUGUCCACAGAGACUUUUAAGCUCGUAAGAUAUCCCACUGCCUCACAUGACCGGCACGCAUGCAGAUGUCCCUUUAUUUAAGAAAUAGAUCUCAAAUUGACUAGAUUGAUUUUGUCUCCUUUUUGUAUUUAAUAGCUGGUCGGAUGGCAGCUCUUUUAAUGUGCAAAUGAGAACCAAUGAGGACAGACUCCUAAAUUCAGUUCAGACACUCAUCUGACACGGGCCACGUCACCGCCGGCCUCAGCCAAUCGCGUCGCGCCGAGCCCCUCCACUUUCCCAGGCACGCUCUCAAAGUUUUGACUUUUUGCAGCAAAAGACGGCAGGUUGAUGAAAAUGUUUUAUUAUCUUCCAGAUCUUCAUGUGAACUACCCAGAAAGACUCUCUUUUUAUUUAUAGAUUUCAAAAACGCUCUCGUUGAAAGGACGCCGCUCUGUCGUAUCAUGCAAGAACUGAAAGAAGGGAAUGGAUUUUGCCAGAGGAGAUGGGUAUGAAGCUUCGGUGCAACUGAUUGGGAUUUUUUAGAGAAAAUAACCUUUUUUUCUAAAGGCUUGAGUGUUUUUGUUUGGUUUUUCCCCCUCCUUCCUCUCUCUCUCUCUCUUAUUCACUGUUUCGCGUUUGUUUUUACGUUUGGCGCUGGUCUCCAUCGUCUUGCUUCUUGCGCAAUAUUUAGUUGAAGUUGAAGUUUCUUGGUAAUGUUAGCUGUGGGGCAAAUGGACGGGUCUCGCCAGAGCGCUUUCCUACUCAAUACCCCACCUCUGGCUGCUUUACACAGCAUGACCGAAAUGAAGACACCACUUUACCCAGCAUACCCGUUAUCUUCCACCGGACCAGCAUCCUCCACUUCGCCGACAGCUACCUCUCCGAAUCCAGGCGGUAUCCCGGUCUCGUCCCCGGGGAUCAAAACAUCCACCGGACUCUCGGUCCUCGGAUCGCCCCAGUGCUCGAUCGCCACACCUCACGGAAUAAACGACAUCCUCAGUCGACCCGCGGUGGUCACCGGAGCGGCGGCGGCGUCUUCUCCCGCUGGAAUCUUGUCAGGACUGCCCCGCUUCAGCAGCCUGAGUCCUCCGCCGCCUCCAGGGCUGUAUUUCAGCCCCAGCGCCGCGGCCGUGGCGGUGGCUCGUUAUCCGAAACCCCUGACGGACCUUCCAGGCAGAACCCCUAUAUUCUGGCCUGGAGUUAUGCAAAGCCCGCACUGGAGAGACGCCAGAUUUGCUUGUUCCCCACAUCAAAACUCGGUGCUCCUGGACAAGGAUGGGAAAAGGAAACACACGCGACCAACGUUUUCCGGGCAGCAAAUUUUUGCCCUGGAAAAAACAUUUGAGCAAACGAAAUAUUUAGCUGGACCCGAGAGAGCGCGGCUGGCCUACUCUUUAGGAAUGACAGAGAGCCAGGUCAAGGUGUGGUUUCAAAACCGAAGAACAAAAUGGAGAAAACGGCACGCGGCCGAAAUGGCCUCGGCGAAGAAGAAACAAGAUUCGGAGACCGAGAGGCUGAAAGGGGCUUCGGAAAACGAAGACGACGACGACGACUACAACAAACCCCUGGACCCAAACUCGGACGAUGAGAAAAUAACGCAGCUGCUGAAAAAACACAAACCGAACUCGGCUCUUAUCAUUCACACGUCGGAAAACGAGAGCUCGUAAAACGGAAACGGCGAACGGUCCGUCCGGUUCUUCGAGAAGUGUCAAAAUAUAAUGUAGGCUGCUG